UUCUACUGUGGCAUUGUCAGCAUCAUUUGCUACUCCUACUAAAUAAACUUUUGCAGUCUCAUAAAAUGCUCAAUUUCUUUUUAGAAUCCUCAAUCCAGUUCUAUUCUCGUAUGGUGAUUACAACGAAAUAUUCCAAAAUAUUGCAGGCUAUGGACAACAACUUUCUCAGAGGGAUAUUGAAAAAUGGGUGCAUCUUUGAAGUAAAGAGUCUGCAAAAUAUGGACAACUUAGUAGUAAAAUCUGGUACUACCUUCACUUGAGGUUUCAGGAAGAUGAUUAACUGGAGCACCUCAUUUUCUAACACCUUCAAGAGUCUAAGAAUACUCCACUGCUUUAUGCAAUCGAGAUUCCGGAGAUUGAUGGUUAAUACCAAAGAAGAGAACUAAGCAAACACGUAAAUCACCAAUAAUUGUAGAAUAAUGCUCAGACUAUUGUGAAUCGACACAUGAAGAAUUUGUCCAUUAAAGCUGAAUCUUUUUCUGACAAUAUUUGAGGGAAUCUUGACUCCUUGGACAAGAGUUUUGCUUUGCCGUUGAAAUUGAGCAGUGAACUAGAACCGACUCUCUAAAAAUGAGCUCAAAGUAUUCUUCUGCAACCUUCUAUAACAUCUUUUUCUAUCAUUGGAGAAAUCCUUCUUCCGCCCAAUGUUUGAACCAAUCUUGCACAUUUGGUAGAACAGUCAUCUGGAAGACUGGAAAUAUGUUGAAGUGCAAGCGCUAAAGAGCUAGAAGUUUUUGGAGAAGUGUGUGAUUUUGUGCUGUUCAGUUUCAACAAUUGAUUUUGUUAUUUGAAGGGUGAAAAACAGAGGACACAUGAAGUUAACGUGAUAGAGAAAGAUCAGUUAAAAGAGAUGGAAAAGUUCACUGAGGGAUGUUUUUGGUCAAAUUUCCCAAACUUAAGGGACAUUUUCAGUUAAGUGAGAUAGUAUAAGGAUGUAGUGGAAGCUUGGUGAAAUAAUAGGGGAUGAUAUUGGUCAAAAGCUCCACUUUAAAGCCCCAACUCACUCUAAAAUUCAAAUAUCUCCGCCUUUUUUGAAGAAGAAAUGGAGACGAAAGGGUGUUCACCGUCGGUGACCGUUCGACGGAACCCUCCCCGGAAAGCAAGGCCGACACCGUACUCCGCCGUCGCUCCUGCUUCUUCAUCAUCAUCACCGCCGCGCAACAUCUCUUUAUUCCCUAUUGAAGACAUUCUCUCCAUGGAAGUCCCUCAAAAACAACCACUCAAGGUAUUCAUGAGAAUCCGAACAUUAAUUUCUCCACUGAAAAAAGAAAUGAAGAAGACAAAAAAUGCUUGGCCUAAAAACCCUAAUGCGUUGCCGAAGAAGCUAAAAAAGAGCAAUCAAGUCUGUGUGACAGUGAACGAUGCACAUUCUGUUACCGUAUCCCCUCCCCAGGGCUUACAAGAAGCCAAACGUAUUAAAUCAGAAGUUUAUCAAGGUUUUGAACAAGUCUUCUCCUCAGAAGCAUCUCAGAGGCAAGUGUACGAAAAAAUGGUUCAUCCUUUAGUUGAGGAUUUUCUCAAGGGUAAGAGUGGAAUGUUGGCUGCAUUGGGACCAAGUGGUUCUGGCAAGACUCAUACCAUCUUUGGCUGUCCAAGGGACCCUGGUAUGGUGCCUCUCGCUCUUCACACAAUUUUACAAGGCCACUCACACAGGAUAUUUUAUCUGUCAAUGUUUGAGAUCUGUUCUGAGAAAGGAAAAUCUGAAAAGAUAUUUGAUUUGAUUCAAGAGGGGACUGAUUUAUCUAUCCAACAAUCAUCUAUUAAAGCCAUGCGAGAGGCCGUACUUUAUGAUCCUCAGCAAGCUGAAUCCCUAAUAGCAUGUGGACUUUUGAAACGCGCGACAGCUAUGACAAAUUCAAAUAGUCAAUCUAGUCGUUCACAGUGCAUCAUAAACAUCCGCGGUGAUUAUAAGAAGGUAGAUGGAAAAGUUGGUGAUAACUCAAACAGUGCUGUCCUGACUAUAGUUGACCUUGCUGGAGCGGAGAGGGAAAAAAAGACUGGAAAUCAGGGGAUUAGACUGCUUGAAAGUAAUUUUAUCAACAACACAUCAAUGGUGUUUGGCCUGUGCUUAAGGUCAUUACUGGAGCAUCAGAAGAACCCCAGGAAACCUAUGCAGAAGCACUUUCAGAACUCUUUGUUGACCAGAUACUUACGAGAUUAUUUGGAAGGCAAGAAGCGGAUGGCAUUGCUUCUAACUGUAAGACCUGGGGAAGAAGACUACCUCGAUACAUCUUUUCUGCUAAGGCAGGCUUCACCAUAUACGAAAAUCAGGUUUGACAUCAUUGAAGAACAUGGAAUUUUAAACCACAAUAAGAGGCCUGUGCAAAGAAUACCUAGCUUAGUGCAGCUUAAAAGAAUGAAGUUGAGUCGAACUGAAGUUUGUGAGAUCAAUCAAGGAAGUGGUGAAUGUCCUCAACUUCUGAAUGAAGAAGCUGCUGCGGAAAGAAUGAAGGAUGUCAGCUUGACAGAUGUUCGUGUUCAAUCUGAGGAGAUCAUCACUAGAGAAGCAAAUGAGAAGAAAAAUCUCAGAAUUGAUCACGUUGAAUUGGAAAGGAAAGAGAGAAAUAAUCAGAUUCUGCAAAAUUUUGGUAAAGCUUUGUGGAAAGUCUUGAAAGAAUACAAGAGAAAACUUGAGGUGGCGGAAAAUGAAGUUUGCACCCUCAGAGAUUGCUUAACUAGUGAGGAAACUAGAUCUGCUGAACUAGAGAAUCAACUGAGGGAUUGGCAAAGUAACUGCUGCUGUAGGAAAGGAAUUUCAAGUGAUGUCUCCAUAGAAGUGGAUGAAUUCAGAGGAAAAGGUUCGUUAGAUUGUGAGGAGCAUCAGUCCACUGAUUGCAAUGAGGUUGCUGAAAAUGAAACUUGCACUCGUAGAGAUUGCAUAACCAACGAGAAAACAAGAUGCUCUGAAAUAGAGAAUGAACAGAUGGAUUGGCAAAGUAACUGCUGCUGUAGGAAAGGGAUUUCAACUGAGGUUUCCUCCAGAGAAGUGGAUGAUUUCAGAAGAAAAAGUUCUGUAGAUUUCGAGGAUCAUCAAUCCACUGAUUGCAAUGAGACUGCUCAGAAGCUCAAAAGCUCUAUUGAAGAUUCUACUGAUGCUGAAGAUCUGAAGAAUACAAAUGAAAUGAAAGCAGAGAGUACACAUUCGAAUGAUAAAGCAACUGCUGUACUAAGUGGGUCAGGCUCUUGCACUGAUCAGGACUACGAGCGAGAAGAGGAAAGUUCUGAUUUUGUAUUCAGCAUUUCCAAAGCGACUUUCAUAAACAGAGACGAUAACGACCUGUUGGAAGAGGAGCACACACGUUUUGAUGCAGUACUUCCAGAAUGUACAGUCAGCUCAUCUGGGUCAUCUCUCAUUUUCGAAAAUAACAGCUCUUUUCCAGUGGGGGAGGACCAAACACAAAACAAAGAGGACAAGGUCAAGUCGGAAGUUUAUUCGUGUCACUUGGAAGGGUAUGUGCAUACAAGAAAUGAGGAGCAGCUUGACUCCACUCACGAAAGUUCUAUUGGAGAUGCUACUAGUCUUGAAGAUCUGAAGAAUACAAAUCAAAUGAAAGCAGAGAGUACACAUUGGAAUGGCAAAGAAACUGCUGUAUUAAGUGGGUUAUGCUCUUUCACUGAUCAGGAGUAUGGGCGAAAAGAGGAAAGUUCUGAUCCUGUAGUCAGCAAUUCUCAAGCGACCUUCAUAGACAGCGAUGAGAAUGGCCUGUUGGAAGAGGACCGCACACUUUUUGAUUCAGUACCUCCAGAAUGUACAGUCAGCUCUUCUAAGUCAUUUCUCUCCUUUGAAAAUAACAGCUCCUUUCCAGUGGGUGAGGACCAAACACAAAACGAAAAGGACAAGGUGAAGUCGGAAGUUUAUUCUGGUCAUUUAGAAGGGCCUGCGCAUGCAAGAAAUGAAGAGCUUCUUGACUCCACUAAACUAUUGGGUCCAUCAACAAUGUUAAUGCCUGAGGAAGUUGUACAUGCUGUAGGACAUUGUGACAACAUUGUGCCUGAAGCAACUAAACAUGGUUGCGGCACUAAAUUUCAGAAUGCAGAUAAACCAAAAAGGAGACUUCUGCCAGCUUCGUCCAUCUUAUUAAAAGAUAUAGGCAGCAUAAACUUCAAGGACGAGAAUCAGAAAUCAAAGGGAGUCAAAGCAGAAAAGAAAGGAGCUUCUGGUGAAAACAGAACUCAGGGCAGCAUUUCACUUCUUCGUUUGCUCAAGGAUAAUCUUGCUAUCUAGUGCAAAAUGAUAACUGCAUUCAAGGUUUCCUCUGCAAUUAAGUUCUCAAAAUGCCACUCUUAUAUUUUGGAAAGCUCAUGAGCUUUAUUGAGAAUUGUAACGAACCAAGUUUGAAAAGAACAAGGCCAGGCAAGGAGGUGUAUGUAGCUUUUGUUCUUCUGAGUGCCAAGUGAUUUUAGAUCCUUUUUUGGUCCACGAAUCAAUAUAUAUUCAAAUGUUUAGUCUGGAUACAAAGGUUCAAGGAGAGUAUGUUCUCCGGUGAAA